CGUAAAUAUGAAGCGAACUAGACGCUGCGUAAACUGCGGGGAAUGGAUGAUGUUUUAUUUUUAACAUUUAGUAAUGUAGCCUACUCAUUUUGGGAUGGAUCUUGAUUAGACCUGGAUUGGUCUUUGGUCUGAUGUUGCUGAAAAGUCUUUUGCAAGGAGGGCUGCUAGCAGAACUGGCACAAAAAAGGAAGAAGAUGGACUUAAUCGAGAGGAGGCCCAACAAGUGGUGGACAGAGACAGACACUUUCACCAUGCUGGCCUUGAUCGAAGAGUUGGAUCUGGUGCAUGAACUAGAUAAGAAACGUCAGCGCAAUGAUUUACAUUUCCGCCGCUUGCGCCACAGUCUAGCAAAAAGAGAUAUCCAUUUCACUGUCAACCAGAUCCGCAACCGCUGGAAGAGUCUUAAACAUAAAUACCGUAAAAUCAAGACUGCAGGAUACCGCAGCCAUGCUGCUCGUCUCUCAGCCAUAGAGUCCUUUCGCUAUUUCAAGAAGCUGGAUUGUAUGCUUGCUCGGAGACCCAGGGUGUCUGGCCAGGUGGAGGAGACAACAGCAAGUCAUAACCUGGUGGUGGUCUCCAAUUCUGACCUGGAAGAUCAUACUGACAGUGAUAUUCCUCAGUCUUUCACCACUGUACACCGUCAGGCCACUCUUCUUCGACCAAAGGCAGAUAAUGAGGAAAGUAAAGGACCACCUGAGAACUCACUGGAUUUCAGGUCAACCAGUUUGGAUAUUGGGACAGAGGAGGUUGUGACUUUGGGAUUGUCAGGGGAAUACCUGUAUCCAGUGAAGACUGAACCACAUUUGUUUUCUUCCUUACGAGGACUAGAAAGCACGAGAGAUUCGUUAAGCUGCAGCCCAAGAAAUGUCUCAGGCACUUGUGAGGAUACCAGCAGCCUGAUUCUCCAGCAGCUCACAAUUCUCAACCACCAGCUGGAGGAGCAGCUUGCAGAGCAAAGGGCUUUCCAUUGUAGCAUGCUGGGCCUUAUGGAUCGACAGAUAGAAGUCCUGCAACAACUAUCGAAUACAACAAGGGAUCCCCCAGCAAAGGAAGCUCUUGGUGAACAGGAUCCUGCAAUUAACCAACAAGUUCAUAAUGCUCUGAUGCGCAUCCUUAAGGGUGUGGAGCAGGCCCAGGUACAGGGAUUUGCAGCCUUUCAAAAUAAACCCUCUACCUCUGAAACUAUUCCGCCAUCCUGGACGACUUCUCUGCUAGAGGGUCACAAUGCAUCUCCUCCAAGUGAUGAACACUUACUUUGUGAAACCUUGCCUGAACAGCCUCCAAAUGAAAGGGACUCUGUUCCCUCUGAUGCAACACUUCUUGAACAGCACAGCCCUUCAUCUAGAAAAUGUGCUGUAAUAAAUGGUUUGUCAAAUUUGUGCCAAAACAAGUGAGAUUAUCUGACAUCAGUAUUCUUGUAAUUAAUAAUUAUAGCAUUACAUAAAGUUCAAAGA